CCUCAACGACACUUAUCAGAUUGCACCUUAUUCUAUUUCGUAUCCUUGUCGCGAUGGGAAAGAAAAGACGCAGCCCCACUUUGGAAGAGGUUCUCGCUCGCCCUUGGUGUUAUUACUGCGAGCGCGAUUUCGAUGACCUCAAGAUUCUCAUCUCACAUCAGAAGGCGAAACACUUUAAAUGUGAGAGAUGUGGCAGAAGACUCAAUACAGCAGGAGGGCUGUCUGUUCACAUGAGUCAAGUACACAAGGAGCAACUUACCGCCGUCGACAAUGCACUAUCUAACCGGUCGAGUCUGGAUGUCGAGAUAUUCGGAAUGGAGGGUGUUCCAGAGGAUGCCAUUCAAUCGCAUAACCAGCGCGUUAUUGCUCAAUUCCAGCAAUCAGAGGCAGAGCGACAGGCAAUAACGGGAAACCCGCCGUCCGGAGCAUCGAGCUCCAGCGGCCAACCUGCAAAGAAACCAAAGGUUGAGAACAUAUCAGAUUUGAAGAAGCGACUCGCAGAGCACAAGGCGAAGAAAGCGGAGGCCCGAGCUGGAGGAAGCAGUGGCGAAGCAACUCCUGUCGGUGCAGGCCAGACUCCCAAUGUGCCCGGAUUCGCACAACAACCAACGACUGUUGCUCCUACGCAAACGUUUUCUUACCCUCAACCGUAUGGCGGGGCUGGUUCCCCUUACCAGGCAACGGCAAGUCCUGUUUACCCAAAUUAUUCCCCCGGGCAACCGCAGUUCCCUACUCCUACGCAAUACUCUACUCCUGCUGGUUACUCGCCCCAACCAGUUCCAGUUUUUGGAAACACACCGCCGCAGUUGCAACAACAGCCGCCUCCGGCGGUCAACAGCCCGCAAACCACAUUUGCGCCUCGAUCGGGAAGCCUACCCACGGCGCCGAGUCUCCCGCAACGACCCGCUGUCGGUGCUCCUCAAGUCAACGCAUAUCAGUUACAACAGAUGCAUAUGGGCCACCCUCUUCCGGGGACGGCUGUGCCCGGCCCUGCCAAUGGCGAGAAGCCCGAAGCUACGGCGAUUUCGUCUUCGAUUGACGAUCUUAUCUCUGGAGCUGCCAAACAAGCUGAUCAGGCGGCGGCAGCGACCGCCAAACCUGCGGAGAGCGCAGAGGAAAAACCGAGUAAGAAAGAUAAGUCGAAGCAGUCACGGUUGGUGUAUUCAGAUAACGAGACCAGCCCGGAGGAGAAGAUGGCAAGAUUGCCAAGGUACGCAUUCAAUCCUGAUCAUCGGACGGAGACGACGCUUCAAGAGCUUCCUGCGUCAGUAGUCGUCGGGCAAGUUCCCAUGUCAGAGGCCACGGUCAUGCCGACGCCAUGA